UGCUUCCCACGGACUCCUCGUAUAUAUAUACCCUCCAACACUCUCCCAAUACACUCUCAACCCGGCUAGCACUCUACAUACACCCAAGAUGAAGGUCGUAGCAUUGCUUCUGUGUGGCUUGGCCGUGGCGGCCGCCCAUCCCACUUGGGAGGAAUUCAAGACCAUCCAUAGCCGCAAGUAUGUUGACGCAGAGGAGGAACAGUACCGCAGGAGCGUGUUCGAACAUAACCUUCAGUACGUCAAAGAAUUCAACGAGAAGUAUGAGAGGGGCGAAGUUACCUUCAACCUGGCAAUGAACCAAUUUGGUGACAUGACAAAUGAAGAAUUCAACGCUGUGAUGAAGGGGUACAAAAAGGAGUCUCACCCAGAGCCUGACAGCGUGUUCACUCCCACAGGAAGGAUCCCAAGGGCAGCAACUGUGGACUGGCGUAACCAGGGAGCCGUGACUGGUGUCAAGGACCAGGGACAAUGUGGAUCAUGCUGGUCUUUCUCUGCGACUGGUUCCUUGGAGGGUCAGCACUACCUUAAGACCGGCAAGCUGAUCAGUCUCUCCGAGCAGCAGCUGGUCGACUGCGCCGGCGGUAUUUACUUCAACCAGGGAUGCAACGGUGGAUGGGUGAACCAGGCCUUCAAGUACAUCAAGGCCCAUGGUUCUGUCACUGAGGCUUCCUACCCUUACGAGGCUAUUGAUGAUGUCUGCCGUUUCGAUUCCAACGACGUCGUCGCCACAUUAACUGGUUAUGUGGCCAUUCCUGAAGGAGAUGAAGCCGCUCUGCUGGAAGCCUCUGCUAACAUUGGUCCCAUCUCAGUUGCCAUUGAUGCAUCACGACUUUCAUUCCAGCUUUAUAACAGCGGUGUCUACUAUGAGUCGAGGUGCUCGUCAACCACCCUGGACCACGCUGUGCUGGUAGUGGGCUAUGGAACUGAGAGCGGAGAGACCUACUGGCUCGUCAAGAACUCCUGGGGCACCGGCUGGGGCAUCAGCGGGUACAUUCAUAUGGCUCGUAACAGGAGCAACAACUGUGGUAUUGCCACUGAUGCCUCCUACCCAUUGGUGUAAUAAUCGUUGGACUCCUAACUGCCCGACUACGAGAGUGCUGGCCAGGUGAGGGUCUCACUGCAUCAGAGACCCAACGUUAUCACCAUGUAACUCACACCUUGAUACAUCUGUAUGGUUAUCGCACAAGGUGAUAGCCAAUAUUACAGGAAAUUAAAAUGAUUAAAAAUA